AUGCCGAGCUCAUGUAAGGAGAUCCGAGCGGCGCUGGCGCAGUGCCUCCAGGAGUCCGAGUGCGUCAUGGUGCAGCGACACUCGGCGGCCGACUGCUUGCGGCCGCCGCUAGUCGACGAGCUGCCGACCAAGUGCCAGCAGCUCAAGCGCGGGUUCGGCGAGUGCCGGAGGGGCAUGGUCGACAUGCGCAAGCGCUUCCGCGGGAACCAGCCUGUCACCUUCCGCCAGCUGCAGGACGCCGACAACACGGGCGACGGAUACCAGCUCUACGCCGGCAAGUCGGCCUUUGCCGGCGGCCGCGGCGUCACCGACGGCUCCGGCAUGGCCCCGCCCGACUGGAGGGAGGUCGAAGCCGAGAAGGAGCGCGCUGCUACGGCGGCUGCUGCGGCUGCGGCUGCGGCUGCCAGCAAGGGGACCAAGCCAUGA